AAACUUUUCAGUGCAAAUGUUCUCCAACAGUACAGCAAACAAUUAAGAAAUAGGAAAAUAUGAUGAAAGAUGGUGAGGUUGCUGGUUGUUGUUGUGUACCUUUCCUUGACAUACGGAAAAGUUGAAGCUGAUAAAUGGACUUUGUUUCAACGGAAGGAGUCUUUAGACGGAAAGAUGUGUAAAUAUACAAAUUUCGCGUUUACUAAUGACUCUGUCCACGACAAAACUGUGUGUCUAUUCGAAUGUACGAAUCACGUUAACUGUGGGAGCAUUUUUCACGUGCAGCAUACUGGAAAUUGUACGGGAUGCACAGAAAGCUACGAUAUUGUGAGUCCGACAGGGCUAGCUGCAGGUUCCGUGUACUAUGGUCCCGCCAGUUGCACGAUCGGCUGGCUCAGCAUCGGAAGUUCUCGUUACUGCAUACUUGACGGCAUUAUGAAUUUUGAAAACGGCGUUAAAAAUUGCGAAUCAAUGAAAACCCACGUUGUUACAGUUGAAGAUAUGGAUGAAAACAACGAUUUGAAAUCAAUGAUCAACUCUAUGGCAUUUUCUGGAGAUGUUUCCGCUUUUUAUAUUGGAUUCACAGACGUUGCUGUAGACGGGAUUUGGACCGAGUACGGUACUACGGACGAAAUAGGCUUUAAGGACUGGGGACCCGGCGAACCAAAUUUGGGCACCAGCGAAAACUGUGCGGCGCUGUAUGUCCCCUAUAACUUGCAGUGGAUAGAUAUAGGAUGCAACAAUGAGCUUAAAAUCAUCUGUGAGAAGGAAACCUGAGUUUUACUGAAAAUGUUUUUGCCGUUGUAUUUUUGUUUGUUAAGACAGUGCUCUAAUAAAACGCAAGAUGAUAAUGACAUUGAUAAUAAAACAAUUUUAUAUUCAUUUACAAAUAUAUUCCAUUAAGAUGGCAUUAACAAGGUCAAUAAUGCAAUGACUGUUUGAUAAUUUUAUUGAUUUUAAAAGUGAUUUGAAUGAAAGUAAAAUGUUCCUUGCGUACAGUUAUAAAUGCAGA